UUCCCCACUCACACUUCCCGGUGUUUGGGGACCCCUGGACGAGGUUUCUGGUCUCCGCUAUCCCUUCCCCGCCCCUCGAAGGCAGGACGGACAGACAAGAGGGGGGAGGGGGGGGAACGAGUUGCAACGGAGGUGGCUUUGCCUAAAACCCCACCCGGCUGAGCGGGAGCGGCGAGAAGACGAGCACGGAGGAGUCCAUUUUAGCGGGCCAGCCCUGGGCCGCCCCGGAGCCUUGUGCUAUCAGAACGCAGGAGAACCGACAGCACUCCAGGCGGGGGGGGACGGGACCCUCGGAUGGGCCGCGCCCCGCGGCGGGAGGGGAGAACCGAGAGAGGCGUGAAUCAUCCCACAAAUACACUCUGAGAGGUUGUGGCAGCAGAGAGCAGGGUUUGUGUUUGUGUUUUGGGUUUGAGUGGGUUUUUUUUUUUCCUUUUUUUUUUCCUUUUUUUUUUUUUUUCUUCCAAAAACAUGGCUGAAGCGGGGACGGGUUUUUUAGAGCAGCUGAAGUCUUGUAUCGUUUGGUCCUGGACUUACCUCUGGACGCUGUGGUUCUUCGUCAUGCUCUUCCUGGUCUACAUCUUAAGAGUACCCCUGAAGAUCAAUGACAAUUUAACCACAGUGAGUAUGUUUUUGAACACAUUAACCCCCAAGUUCUAUGUUGCCCUGACAGGCACUUCCUCAUUAAUCUCGGGACUUAUUUUGAUCUUCGAGUGGUGGUACUUCCGCAAGUACGGGACCUCCUUCAUCGAGCAGGUCUCGGUGAGCCACUUGCGCCCCCUGCUGGGCGGGGUGGACAACAGCGCGCCCAGCGCCGCCAGCGCCGCCAACGGAGACGCGGACUCCGCCCGGCAGAGCGUCUCAGAAUGCAAGGUCUGGCGAAAUCCUUUAAAUCUGUUCAGAGGAGCUGAAUAUAAUCGGUAUACAUGGGUAACAGGGAGAGAACCUCUGACUUACUACGAUAUGAAUCUUUCAGCACAGGACCAUCAGACAUUCUUUACAUGUGACACGGAUCAUUUACGGCCUGCAGAUGCUAUAAUGCAAAAAGCCUGGAGAGAGAGAAACCCCCAAGCCCGAAUUUCUGCAGCACAUGAAGCUUUGGAGUUGAAUGAGUGUGCUACUGCCUAUAUUCUUUUGGCUGAAGAGGAAGCAACAACCAUUGUAGAAGCAGAGAAGCUGUUCAAACAAGCUCUGAAAGCAGGAGAGGGCUGCUACAGGCGCAGUCAGCAGUUACAGCACCAUGGUGCACAGUAUGAAGCCCAACACAGAAGGGACACCAAUGUGUUAGUUUAUAUUAAGAGGAGGCUGGCAAUGUGUGCAAGAAAGCUGGGAAGGACCAGGGAAGCAGUGAAAAUGAUGAGAGAUCUGAUGAAGGAGUUUCCUCUGCUCAGCAUGUUCAAUAUCCAUGAAAACCUGCUAGAGGCUUUGUUGGAACUGCAAGCAUAUGCAGAUGUCCAGGCAGUCCUAGCAAAGUAUGAUGAUAUAAGCUUACCAAAAUCAGCAACAAUAUGUUACACAGCUGCAUUGCUCAAAGCCAGAGCUGUCUCUGACAAAUUUUCUCCAGAGGCUGCCUCAAGGCGAGGGCUGAGUACUGCAGAGAUGAAUGCAGUAGAAGCUAUUCACAGAGCAGUAGAAUUUAAUCCACAUGUGCCAAAAUAUCUACUAGAAAUGAAAAGCUUAAUUCUUCCUCCUGAACAUAUUCUGAAGAGAGGGGACAGUGAAGCAAUAGCAUAUGCUUUCUUUCAUCUUCAACACUGGAAAAGAGUAGAGGGGGCUUUGAAUCUCUUACACUGUACAUGGGAAGGAACUUUCAGAAUGAUCCCCUAUCCACUGGAAAAAGGACAUCUUUUCUACCCUUACCCUAUUUGUACAGAAACUGCAGAUAGAGAACUGCUACCAUCAUUUCAUGAAGUUUCAGUUUACCCCAAGAAAGAGCUUCCCUUCUUCAUCCUUUUCACUGCUGGGCUCUGUUCCUUCACAGCCAUGCUGGCCCUCCUGACACAUCAGUUCCCAGAGCUUAUGGGAGUCUUUGCAAAAGCUUUUCUCAGCACCCUCUUUGCCCCUUUAAAUUUUGUGAUGGAAAAAGUAGAAAGCAUCCUGCCCUCCAGUCUGUGGCACCAGCUGACAAGGAUCUGAAGGAGCACGCCCGCUGAGUGACUGCCAUGACAUCUUCUGUGCCAACUUUUUGUUGACCACAAGAAAGCAUGAUAAAAAAGGGAAGCAGUUCUAAGACUUAAAAACUCUUCAUGGAUUGUCUGUUCUCAUAUAAAAACUGUUUUGUUGUACAAAGUACAUUGAUGUUAGGUUCUAUUAUAUUUUGCCUUCAGAAAAGAAAAACUUAAAAAUAAACUUUUGUGUAUUGCA